UGAUUUGUUACCUGAGCAAAAUGUGACCCCAGUCAUAACUAGCCGGUUGUUCUUCCGGUGUCACAGUCUAACUCCUCCGUGAAGAAGAAGCAACGAAGAAGACACGGACCUGCUCUGAAAAACUAUCAAAAUCAUGUCCCACACCAUCCUGCUGGUGCAGCCCACCAAGAGACCAGAGGGGAGGACGUACGCUGACUAUGAGUCCGUCAACGAGUGCAUGGAAGGUGUGUGUAAGAUGUACGAGGAGCAUUUAAAGAGGAUGAACCCCAACAGCCCGUCGAUAACGUACGACAUCAGCCAGCUGUUCGACUUCAUCGAUGACCUCGCCGACCUCAGCUGUUUGGUGUACCGCACGGACACGCAGACGUACCAGCCGUACAACAAGGACUGGAUCAAGGAGAAGAUCUACGUGCUGCUGCGUCGCCAGGCCCAGCAGGCGGCCAAGUGACGCCUCUGUUCUGUAACUGCUGUUCAAGUGACGUGUUCUCACAAGUUUUUUAAAAGGUUUUUUUCUCAUGAAUCCGGAGGUGCAUUUUGUAUUUUAAUGUUUGCCUUAUUAAUAAAGAUUUCGUUUAAAUAAUGAAA